CUAGUCCAGUGUCAUUUAGUGUCCAACGUUCAGCGACUUGUCCAACAACAACUUAAUUUUACAGUCAUUGAAAAAAUAUUUUUUUUUCUGAAUAUACGUAACAAUGAAUAUUUUAGCAGCUGGUGUUUUAACAUUGUUCCUAAUAUUUAAUUCAAAGGUCACUGCCCUUGGAGGUUCGGCAUCUAUUGGUGGUGGAAAAGCAGAAGGUAGUGUUUCAGGAGAUCUACCAGAUGCUGGUGGGCAAGUAGGAGGUGAUGUUUCUGGAGAUCUUCCAGAUGCUGGUGGACAAGUAGGAGGUGAUGUUUCUGGAGAUCUACCAGAUGCUGGUGGACAAGUAGGAGGUGAUGUUUCAGGUGGAAUUUCAGGAAAUAUCCAACUGCCAGAGAAUAUUUUAACAGAAUGUGGCGUUGGUGGUAGUGCUGACGCUAGUGCUGACGCUGAUGCAUCAACUUCUGGAGUAGAAGGAAGUGCAGAAGUAAAUGUAGAUGUAAAUUUACCAUCGUGUGACUGUGUCAGAAAAUUCGAUGUCGAAGGUUCUGCAGAGGCUGAAGGUUCUGCUAGUGUCGGUGGAGUAGAGGGUAGUGCAGGUGGUAGCGUCAGUGGAAGUGCUUCACUUGCCAUGCCAGGAGUUAAUUGCGUCGAAAAAGAUACUCCUGAUGAGGAAACAGACUCCGGAUAUUCUUAUACAGUAGAUAUGACAAGAGAUUUUUUAUUCUGCCCAGACAAUGAUUUUAUCGCUGCAUGGCAAGUUGAAAAUAUUGAUUCACCCACUAAAUAUCUUCAAACAAUGGAUGCAGAUAAUUCACUUAAAAUAUACGCAAUCGAUAUAACAGUAGGUAAAACUACAGUUUAUGAGGUAAAAAAAAGUGAUAAAAUGGCAUCUGUAUGCAAUGAUUCAUAUCCCGAAAAAUCUGUUGAAGCUAAUAUUUACGAAAUCCUGAAAUUAUCUAUCAUGGAUGGCGAAGGAUGUCCUGUAGAAAAAGGCGAUGAUUACACUAUUCCUCAUAACAUGAAGUCCGUAACUCUUUCAUUCGGUAAACCAAUACCGUGUGGUGAUUAUACAUUGCAUAUAAAUAUUGAUACACCUAAAGGUGAUUGGGCACUGGGGAUUUAUUACGCGUGGACGAUUGAAAAAGGUGCAACUGAGUGUACAGAUGAAGCUGAGCAACUUGAUUAGUGAUUUAUUACACUAAUAUUUGUGGUUUAUAAUAUGAUACUGAAGUUAGCCGACGUCUAAUAAUUUUUUGAUUAUUUUUCUCAAGAUAAAUUAUAAAAAAAAAAUAUUUGAAGAAAUUGCACCUAUAGUUUUUUUAAUUUUCUAAAUGUGCUUAUUUUUAGUUUAUUUUUUUUUUUUUGUCAUUAAUUUGUUUAAAUAAAAAUCCAAAAAUUUUUGAUCGUCUGUCAAUUUCAGGAUCAUGUUUAUAAUGAUAUAAAAAUUAUGUUGAACCAUCAAGCCAUGAAAUAGUAACUAAAGAAAUAAAAUUUUUGCGUAAAUGCUAAAUAA